GUGCAUUUGUAGCGCCGUGAGUGUCCUUCUUGUUUACACUGAGCAGAAUCUAAAAACACUUAUCGUUUCGUCUCUUCUCUGAUCCAUUGUUGAAGAUGUCGAAGAGAAAAACUAAGGAGCCAAAGGUUGAGACUGUGACUCUUGGACCUUCUGUUCGUGAAGGAGAGCAAGUUUUUGGUGUUGUUCACAUCUUUGCAUCUUUCAAUGACACUUUCAUUCAUGUGACUGAUCUCUCCGGUAGAGAAACUCUCGUCCGCAUCACCGGUGGCAUGAAGGUGAAGGCUGACCGUGAUGAGUCCUCUCCUUAUGCUGCUAUGCUUGCAGCUCAAGAUGUUGCUCAAAGAUGCAAGGAGCUUGGCAUCACUGCCAUGCACGUGAAGCUCCGUGCUACUGGAGGAAACAAAACCAAGACUCCAGGUCCUGGUGCUCAGUCUGCUCUUAGAGCCCUUGCUCGUUCUGGCAUGAAGAUUGGUCGUAUUGAGGAUGUGACUCCGAUUCCCACAGACAGUACACGCCGAAAGGGUGGACGAAGAGGAAGAAGACUCUGAUUGCACGAUGAGGCUCAUCAUCGUUGCAAUGUGCUCUUGAGACUGUGGGUAUUUUCUUGGGUACACUUCGAAGUUAGUUUUGUCUCUCUCCAAUUUAUCUUUCCAGUUGCUUUGAGAACAUUAUAAGCUGUGUUUUUUUGUAUUUGGAGUUUUUGGUAUUGAGAAAAAAAAUGUUAAGUUACUGAUCGCGUCGUGUUACUGUUAGUUGGCUUAUUGAUAUUUUACAUUUUCUCUCUUUUUAACUUUGGCGAAUGGAUACUUUAUCGAGAUAUUUAAUGCUAUGGUUGCUCAUCAGAAUCAGAUUAGAAA